UCUCACAACUUCAGUUCGGUUUCCGAACGGUUGAUUCCUUUCCUCUCUGAUUCCUGAAACCUCAGAAACCAACUCGAAACCCUAAUUUCAAGCUUCUGUUUGAGUUUUAAGGGUGGAAAUCCUCGGACAUUCUUUCACAUAGAGCUCUAAAUUGUCCUUCAGUUCGCAUUACCAUUCGAACGUCAGAAUAAUACUGGCUUAGAUCCGUCGAAAAUGAAGAUCUGGUUUAAGUUCCUUUUAGCAGUUUUGAUACUUUCAAUUAUUGUGAUUCCAUCGGAAUCAGCGGUUUCGAGUAUAGAUCUAGGUUCAGAAUGGAUGAAAGUAGCAGUUGUCAAUCUGAAACCCGGCCAGAGUCCGAUUUCGGUAGCCAUUAACGAGAUGUCGAAGAGGAAAUCCCCUGCGUUAGUUGCAUUCCAAGGAGGAAAUCGUCUGCUUGGUGAAGAAGCAGCAGGAAUUGUAGCUAGAUACCCUGAUAAAGUCUAUUCACAAGUUAGGGAUAUGAUCGGGAAGCCUCUGAAGUACGUGAAGGAUGUUAUUGAUUCGCAGUAUUUACCAUUUGAUUUGGUGGAAGAUUCUAGAGGGGCAGCGGCUAUUAGGAUUGAUGAUGGUGUUGUCGUUUAUUCAGCGGAGGAGUUGGUAGCCAUGGCUCUUAGUUAUGGAAGAAAUUUAGCAGAAUUUCAUUCUAAGGUGCCCAUAAAGGAUGCUGUCAUCACGGUUCCGCCUUACUUCGGGCAGGCGGAGAGGAAGGGGUUGCUUCAAGCUGCUGAAUUGGCUGGCAUUAAUGUGCUUUCUCUUAUUAAUGAGCACUCUGGUGCAGCUCUUCAGUAUGGGAUUGAUAAGAAUUUCUCAAAUGAAUCGAGAUAUGUUAUAUUCUAUGACAUGGGUUCGAGUAGUACUUAUGCAGCUCUUGUCCACUUCUCUGCUUAUAGCGCGAAGGAGUUUGGGAAGACAGUCUCCGUCAACCAAUUCCAGGUUAAGGAUGUUAGAUGGAAUGCAGCUCUUGGGGGUCAACAUAUGGAAUUACAUUUGGUUGAAUACUUUGCAGAUGAGUUCAACAAUCAAGUUGGUAAUGGGGUGGAUGUGAGGAAAUCCCCCAAGGCAAUGGCGAAAUUGAAGAAGCAGGUUAAACGCACCAAAGAAAUUCUAAGUGCAAACACAAUGGCUCCAAUAUCAGUUGAAUCUCUUUAUGAUGACCGUGACUUUAGGAGUACCAUUACUCGUGAGAAAUUUGAGGAACUCUGUGGAGACCUGUGGGAGCAGUCUCUUGUACCUGUGAAAGAACUUCUGAAGCAUUCUGGACUGAAGGUUGAUGAGAUAUAUGCAAUAGAGCUGAUUGGUGGUGCCACCCGUGUCCCUAAGUUACAGGCUAAGCUCCAGGAAUUUCUUGGGAGGAAGGAUCUGGACAGACAUCUGGAUGCUGAUGAAGCUAUAGUGCUUGGUUCGGCACUUCAUGCUGCAAACUUAAGUGAUGGAAUCAAGUUGAACCGUAAGCUAGGAAUCAUUGAUGGUUCCUCUUACGGAUUUAUGAUUGAGUUAGAUGGGCCUGAUAUUCCGAAAGAUGAGGGCACCAAACAGACACUCGUGCAGAGAAUGAAGAAAAUCCCUAGUAAGAUGUUCAAGUCCAUUAAGCAUGAUAAAGAUUUUGAAGUAUCACUUAGUUAUGAAAGUUCAGAGCCAUUGCCACCUGGGGUCUCUUCUGAUAAAUUUGCUCACUAUACAGUUACUGGUCUAACAGAUGCUAGUGAUAAGUAUAGUUCUCGCAAUCUCUCUGCUCCCAUCAAGGCAAAUUUGCAUUUCUCUCUUAGCAGAAGUGGAAUACUUUCCCUGGAUCGGACAGAUGCUGUUGUUGAAAUUUCAGAAUGGGUAGAAGUUCCUAAAAAGAAUUUGACUGUGGAGAAUGCAACUACAAUUACACCUAAUAUAUCAAUUGAAGCUGGGACAGGGGAAACAGAAGAAGGAAGCAAAGACAACUUGAUCAGUGAUGGUGGGAUUAGUAACACAUCAAGUUCCAACCUUGAAGAGCAAAGCACCAUGGAUGCUGUUCCAGAAAAGAAACUGAAGAAAAGAACCUUUAGGGUUCCACUAAAGAUAGUUGAGAAGACGAUGGGCCCUGGAGUGCCUCUUUCAAAAGAAGCUCUUGCUGAAGCAAAACUUAGAUUGGAGGACCUAGACAAGAAGGAUGCUGAGCGAAGAAGAACUGCAGAGCUUAAGAAUAACUUGGAAGGAUACAUAUAUGCUACUAAGGAAAAGCUUGAGACAUCUGAGGAGCUUGGGAAAGUUUCAACCAGCGAGGAACGGCAUUCCUUUAAUGGGAAGCUUGAUGAGGUGCAAGAGUGGUUAUAUACUGAUGGUGAAGAUGCAUCAGCAUCUGACUUCCAGGAACGCCUGGAUUUGCUGAAGGACAUUGGUGACCCAAUAUUUUUCAGAUUAAAUGAGCUUACCGCACGGCCACAAGCAUCUGAACUUGCUCAAAAAUAUCUGGGAGAGUUGCAACAGAUUGUAAGUGUUUGGGAGGAGAACAAGCCUUGGCUUCCCAAAGCUCGAAUAGAUGAGGUUCUUGCUGAUGCUGAUAAGAUCAAGAAUUGGUUGGAGGAAAAGCAGGCUGAGCAAAAUAAGAUUUCUGAAUUUAGCACCCCAGCAUUUACAUCUGAAGAAGUGUAUCGGAAGGUAUUUGAUCUCCAAGACGAGGUCGCCAGCAUUAAUAGAAUCCCUAAGCCAAAGCCUAAAGUUGAGAAGCCUAAAAAGAAUGAAAGUGAAAGUGGUGGUGAGGAGACUGCAAGCACUUCCAGCUCAACUUCUGAAGAGACAUCCACCCAAACUGACCAACCAGAAGGAGAUCCAGCCGGAUCACCCAGCGACAAAGUGGAACCCGAAACUGAGGUCCAUGACGAGUUGUGAUCAAAUUUUUGAACUAUACUGCAAUACUUCUUAGCAAAUGUAGAUGGUUGAAGAAAGAGAUGGUUGUGGCUUCUGCAACCCUGCAGUUUUGGAGGAAUUAGAGUUUCACUGAUCCCUUUUUGGGUGCUGGCUUUGCAAAUGGUCUUCAAGUUCUAUGUUAGAGCAAAGCCUAAAGAGAAGAUAAUGUAUUUCUCUUUGCCAUAAUUAUGAAUGCCUAAGUAUUCCCCAUAAUGUAUGGGAUGACAUGCCAUUUGGCAAUGAGCUUAUAUACGGAAAAUUUCCCUAUGGCAAUUAGGGUUAAUUCUCGUACUGUACCAGGGGAUUUUGAUGCUUGUUUGAACAAUCUCAUAAUAUUAAUAUUAAAAAUUUUGGUCUGA